AUCAAACAAACCCCUGGCUCCUGCUCUGUCUCUGUUCUUUGCUGCUGCUGGUGCUCCUUUCUGUCUCCGAUCGGAGCUAUCGUCUCUCCGUCUGUCCAUCCAACAACGCCAACUUCGGUCUUUCUUUCCUCAAUUUUCCUCUUUUUUAUUCCUCUUCUCGAAUUCUUUCCUUGCUUUAUUCUAUUCAACUUCCUCUCGGACAAUCAUCAGUUCGACAAUUAACUAACAAUCUCGCAUAUUGUGAUUCACUCCGUUGACCUCCCUGGCCGCCUCCCCUUUUUGUUUACCCCUCAGCAGGCGCAACAACGACUUCUCCGUCAACUCUUCUCCAAUUUCCUCGUCCUCGAUCAACCACGCUUCAACUACUUCUUCCCGCGAACAAAGCACAAACCACAAACCAAAACCACACAGAAAUCCAGCAAAAUGUCGGAAGCAGAUCAAGAGUGGAAGCCCAGCGGCCGUCCUACAUCGACCAUGGCCCAGGCCUUCUCAGCAUCCCUCGACAGUGCCUUCUCGCUGGAUUCCGAUGUCUCUCACCUUUCGCAGACCAUCGACCAAAAGAGACAGCAGAUGAUGAUCCAGAACCGCGAAUUGGAGGAAUUGCAGCAGAGAAUCCGGGAAGCCGAAGAGCGAUUAAAAGCUCGCGAAUCCGGUGCUGUGGAAGGCAGCUCGAAGAACACCGGACAGCGUGAUGGUGAAUCUCGUUCCGCAGGAAACCCCUUUUCAGCCUCUCGCCGAUUAUUCGGCAGAGACGAGCAACGAGGCCCCCAGGGUACUACUACUAAUUCUUCAUGAUUACGAGUCUGGCUGGUUGGUUGGCAGCCCGUGUAUGCAUAUAGAAAAACGGUUACGCUUGGGAAUGGGGAUUUCGACAGGAUGAGACGUCUUUUUAUCUUCUUUUUUACCACCACUUAUCAAGACUGCCAACCAUCACCAUGACGAGAUAAAACAUCACCGCCGUUAUCAACAUAUGUUUUUAUUACCUUUAUUAUCACAUACCAGGGCGGACGCGGAUAUGGUUUGGAGCAAUCGGUUUUGUUGGUUUGAUUACUUUUUUUCUGCUUUUUUACUUUUUCUUCCCCGUUAUUGUCAUGCUGUGUCGCGUCGAUCGUGCUCCAGAUGGUCUCGGGUCCUUUUCUUCCUUCCUUUCUUUUCUUUUCUUUUAUUUUUCUUUCUUUUUUUUUUUUUUUUUUUUUUUUUUUGUUUU